AUGGUGGUGGAGAUGGUGGUGGAGAUGGUGGUGGAGAUGGUGGUGGAGAUGGUGGUGGAGAUGGUGGUGGAGAUGGUGGUGGAGAUGGUGGUGGAGAUGGUGGUGGAGAUGGUGGUGGUUGGUGGAGCUCUCAUGGUGGAGAGCCGAGCCCUGCGGGAAGCCGGGGCUCUGAACAGGUCUGCACCUACAGGGGCUCAGGGGGGCUACGUGGCCCGGGCUCUGCUAGAAGAGGGGACCUUCAACGUCCGUGCGGUAAUGCGGAGCCCCGUGAAGAAGGAGGCCGAGGAGCUGAAGCAGAGGGGAGCUGAGGUCGUGAAGGCGGAUCAGGACGAUGAGCCAUCACUGGAACUGGCCUUGGCGGGUGCUUAUGGAGCCUUUGUUGUAACCAACUUCUGGAAGCACUGCAGCAAAGAGAAAGAAACCGUGCAGGGAAAGCGGCUUGCUGACCUGUCGAAGCACCUCGGUCUGCGCCACGGAGGCCUGGAAAAUGUGAGGCAGCUGAUGGGGGGCUGGCUGGAGGUGCUCCACUUUGACGGCAAAGGUGUGGUGGAGGAGUACUUCCAGAAAGUUGGUGUUCCCACCACGACCAUCUGACUGCCGUUCUACUUCGAGAACUUCUCCAUCUUCAACCCGCAGAAGGUCCCGCAGGGAGAUACCUUUGUCCUGGUGCUGCCCAUGGGGAACACCCUCAUGGGUGGGAUGGCAGUGGAGGACACUGGGCCUGUUGUGCUUUGCCUGCUGAAGUCCCCAGAGGAGUACAUAGGCCGAGUGAUCGGGCUCAGCACUGGCAAGCUCACCGAGGCAGAGUACGCCGCUGUCCUCUCCCAGCAGACGGGCAAGACGGUGGAAGCCAGCAAGAUCUCACCAGAGGAGUAUGUGAAACGUGGCUCCCCCGGUGCCAAGGGAAUGGCCGCUAUGUUCCGUUUCUAUGCCCUGAAGCCAGACCGCGACGUGGACCUGAACAUGAACCUCAACCCCAAGGCCCGCGCCUUCCAUCAGCGGGUGGCAGACAGUAAGGCCGCCUUCUGACCCUUCCCUCCCUCCUCUUCUACCCGAGCUUCUGCAGCAGGUAGCGGGAACUGGCCAAGGAGGUGAGCUGCGCUGAGCCGCGCUGCCUUUCCACUAGCGCCCUGGCGAAAGGCUGACCCUGCCAGAGCUGGGAAGAGCUUUGGUCCACGCG